CCACAAUCAGUGUACCCUGGGCAAUGUGUUGUGGUUCAGUUUCGAUCAAGAUCUCUUCUAGGGUGGUAGUGCUGACCGUCGCUCGCUGUCCGUGGGAAAAAGAUGCUAACAUAUCCUAUUAUACGACUGGUAUUGGGAGCACUGCUUCUUGGCUCCAGCAUCAUCCUGGCCGAAGGUAGGCGUCUCGUUUGCUACUUCACCAACUGGUCACCAGACAGGGCGGGAGAGUAUUCCUACCAGAUAAGCGACAUACCGGUUGAGCUGUGCACUCACGUUACGUACGCAUUCGUCGCCGUCGAUGAGAACAGCUUCCAGAUCAAGUCAGCGAACGUAAAGUUCGACAUUCUGCAGGAUGGUUUCACGAAAUUUAGUGAGCUGAAAACAACGCAUCCCGAUCUGAAACUAUCGGUGGCCGUAGGUGGUUGGGGUAACGGUGGUGAUGCAUUCCAUAAAAUGGUAUCCUCGUUGGAUGCAAGGCAAACCUUUAUCGCUAGUGCGAUACAGUUCAUGCAGCGGCACAGCUUCGAUGGCAUCGAAAUAGUUUGGCUGUGGCCUGGAAGCCCCGAUCGUGGAGGCACCGAAAGCGAUAAAGAUAAUUUCUAUCUGCUUGUCGAUGAGAUGAAACGCGCUUUCGAGAACGCCGACCGCAGCCACUGGGAAGUUGUCAUUCAAGUUCCACUGGAUCGCUGGAGAAUUCAGCAGGGCUAUCAUCAAACCAGACUCUGCCAAGCGGCUGAUUUUAUUUAUAUUGCCGGAUACGACCUGCGAGGAGCGUGGAAUGGAUUUACGGACGUUCACAGCCCCCUAAACAAUCGGCCGCAUGAUACGGAUAGCUUAAGAGAUCUGACUGUUAAAGGAGGUGUACAGAAUUGGAUUAACAGUGGCUGCCCUGCCAGUAAGUUGGUCCUCGGUGUUGCUUUGUUCGGCAGGACGCACACAUUAUCGGACAGCACCGUAUACGGUCUGGCUGCUCCGUCGAGCGGCCCCGGAUCGCCCGGACCGUACACGGCCGACGGUGGGUACAGAGGUUACUUUGAAAUUUGUGCUGACAUGAAAGAAUCACGCUGGACCCUUGAGUGGGACUCGCUGGGCAUGUGUCCGUACGCGCACAAAGGAGACCAGUGGGUUGGAUACGAGAAUGCGUAUUCGCUAGAAGAAAAGGUGAUCUAUGUGCAGACUCAAAAGCUAGCAGGUAUAUAUGCAUUUUCGUUGGAUUUGGACGAUUAUCGGGGUAAAUGUGGUAACACCCAUUCGCUCAUGAGAGCUCUUUGGAAUGCAUACAAACCAACGAGACAACAAAAUUCGGAGGAUCAGUUCUCCUUCGCUAUUUUCCGUGGUAGAAAUUCCGUGUUUGCGGUUCAUUUCGCAGUGACCGAACAACGGCUCGUUUGCCAUUACACAACCUGGUCGCGUGAUCGACCGGAUGAUGGUGCUUUCCAGAUUGACGAUAUUCCCGGUCAGCUAUGCUCGCACAUGGUGUACAACUUUCUGGGAGUCAACGAAACAUCGUACGAAUUGGAGUUGCUUCAGCCGGAAUACGACAUCGGCGAGCGUGCCCUAGAGCGGUUCAAAGCGUUGAAAGAUCGUUUUCCUCAUCUGAAGCUGAUCGUCGCCGUCGGUGGAUGGGCCCAUGGUGGUGCCAGGUUCAGCGAGAUGGCUAAAUUUCGCGCCAGACGCAACCAGUUCAUUGGCAGUGUCGCAAAGUUCCUGCAUCAGUAUCGCUUCGAUGGCAUUGAGCUAGUGUGGUUGUACCCGGGCAACUACGACCGUGGUGGCACGGUUGAGGAUAAGGACACCUUUCUAUACCUGGUCACCGAGAUGAGUAAGGUUUUCAAGGAGGAAAAGAAAGAGUGGGAAGUGAUCAUUCAGGUGCCAUUGGAUAUUUCGCGCAUGGCCGCUGGCUACCAUCAGGAGGAGCUGUGCCGUGAAGCAGACUUUAUACAUAUGAUUGGCUAUGAUAUGCGUGGUUGGUGGAACAAUUUCGCCGAUGUCCACAGUCCCCUGGCAGCUCGACCGAAUGAUCUGGCUUUUGAGAGCUUCGAAAAAGUGAACGUUGGUGAUGGGGUCGAAGAUUGGCUGACCAAAGGAUGCCCUCCGCAGAAGGUUGUGCUUGGUGUGGCGCUUUUCGGACGAACAUACCUGCUGGAUGAUCCGCUGGAUAAUGCCAUCGGUGCCGUUACAGUUGGGGCCGGUGAUGCGGGGCCGUACAGCAAUGAGCCAGGUUAUCUGGGGUACUGCGAGUUUUGUCAAAACAUAACGAGCCCGGAGUGGACUAAACGCUGGGACGAUGUGGGCCUUUGCCCGUAUGCAUUUUCGGAAACUACCUGGAUUGGAUAUGAGGACGAGCGCUCCCUGCAGGAAAAGAUGAUUUUCGCUAAACGGAAGGGUCUAGGCGGAUUGUACGCGUUCUCAUUGGACUUAGAUGACUAUAGAGGACAUUGUGGUGAAGCUUUUCCACUCACCAGAUAUCUAUCGCAGUACCAUGAAGAGACAAAAGUCAGCCAGUGGUAUGUAUUUCCAUGAGUAGUACCCUGCAACAAUAGAAGUAAUUAAAAUAAAAAACGAUCAAGUGAACUUUAUUAAGUGCUGUGUUAGAUUCAUUCAUUAAAAUCCUUCGGAGUUAUUUAAAACUCAAUUUUUUUUCUUUUCUUCAUUUUUUACC